CGACGAUGAUCGAUCCGUCUGAUAACGUUCUCCCUACGAUAGAAUACUCUCGAGGACUUGCAGGAUUUCCUUCAGCUGCGUCAAGCAAGAGCUAUGAAAUGUCCUUACCAGGACACUCAGAGUGUCGCCCAUUCCUUGACUCUUCAUCCCAUGGAUCGUCUUCCCAGGCAUUGUUCAUGGACCGAAUCUUACGAAUUAGAAAGGAGAUACAAAUACUUGAGAGGCGAAUAUCCUCCCUGAAAGAAUCCGAAAUCAAAAUUGCCGAGGAGUAUGGGAUGCAUUCGGACGAGAUUGAUUCACCUGCCAUUCUACAGAAAGCGAAGGAAAGGGUAUUGGCCUUAGAGGGAGCAUCCAUGGAAACCAAAAACAAGGCCGUAAAGACGGCUGUGGUUCUUGACACCCUAUACAAACUUCGGUGUAGUCUGUCAGAGCUGCAGCGAGUUACAAUUGUACCAAGUCUCCGGGUUAGCCAUCGAGCACAAGAGAAUUACGAGUUUCCAAGCGGCAUAGAAGCUUCUCGCUUUUGGGUGGUCAUUAUAGGAAUUGACGCAUACCGGCAGCUUCCCUUACGAGGCUGCGUCUUCGAUGCAAUAACAAUGGAGAAAUAUUUUAUUGACUUAGGUGUUCCGAAGUGCCGCAUACAACUACUCUUGGGCCGUCUCGAUGGAUCAAGGCAUGAUUCAUUGUUUCCCUCUCGUGAAAAUAUCAUCAAAGCGCUUCACGAUAUUCGUACCAAUCCUCUCAUUGAGAUAGGAGAUUCGAUCAUUAUCUACUUUUCCGGGCAUGGAUCGCACUACUUUUGUUCAAAUUACUUCGAGGAUAAAGUCGGUGGAUCGGCGCACCUGGGAUCCGUCGAAGCCAUAUGUCCCGUAGACCGUGAUGAACUUGAUACAGAUGGCCAUCCGAUUUCUGAUAUCAGCGAUAGGGAACUUAAUACCAUAAUUUCCUUGAUCCGUGAUACAAAGGGCGACAACAUCACUCUCAUUCUUGAUUGCUGCCAUUCUGGCAGCGCCACCCGU